AACCCGGUGUAUAGCAUGGGUGACCCGUACCCGAUGCCGGAGAUGAAUGCAAAUUUGAGAAUCCGAUUGCAGAUUCUGCCAAGUAUUCCCCCGGCUACUUCAUUUUGGUAUUUAACAGUCGAUAAUCUCAUUGCUCAAUCUGUAAAUCAAAUCGGUACUUGUUCAGCAGUGAGCUACAUAAUGAUGAUAAUCGUAGCGGCAUUGGUUCUUGGUGUUUUUUUGGGAGCUCUAGUUUUAAUCCCACGCAACAGAAAUGUACAAGAGGUUCAAUUAAAAUCAAAUAAGCCGUCAAAAGUCUACAAUAAAGCUGAGGUCUCGGUUCAUAACAAGAGGACAGAUUGUUGGAUUAUUAUCAAGAACAAGGUGUAUGAUGUUUCCUCCUAUGUAGAUGAACAUCCGGGAGGAGAUGCCAUCCUAGCACAUGCUGGGGAUGAUGCCACCAAAGGGUUUUACGGACCACAACACGGUACUAGAGUCUUCGAUGUGAUUGAAGACUUCUGCAUUGGAGAUCUGAGGCUGUAACACCCAACUAAUGACUUAGAGGAUGUGUUUAUAUUCGAGAUCUCGAGCUCAAAGUGUCAUUUCGGGGAAGAUAUAUGCGAAUUUGUAACAUUUAUAUACUGUACAAUUUAGUUCAGUUUUUCUUUUUAGUUUGAACUCUUGGACUUUUCAUUUUAGUGUUGGAUGUUCUGAUUGAAAGGGGAGAGAAUUUUCAUAGUAGCCUUGUUUGAUGUUAUUUUUUGAACUGGAAUCUUGAAGUUUCUAAUUUGCAUUGUUUAGUAAUUGCUUCUA